UCAAAUAAAUCAUUUUCUAACCUUAGAAACUUAAUUGUUUUAUUAUCUGAUAACAAAUCGACAUUAAAGGCCGCUGCGGAAACCGACCGGAAACCAACAGUACUCAUUAUAUUUGGACACAGUGAUAUCAAUGCUGCUCUUCAUUAUUUGGGAAAAUCUUUGGAAGACCCCAUUAGUGGCGAAACGUUUGUCGCUACAGUUUUGGUGCAGGAAUCUAUUAAAAAAGAUUUUGAACAAAAACUACAAACCCUACUAAAACCCUUCGCAAACGCCGACUUGGAAAAGAGUGCGGAGUACCUUAAAGCUUUGGAGACUGUAAAAAAGUUGAAUGCCCAGUUUUUGUCUGUGACUGGGGGCGCUGCUUUGGUUUACGAUUUCACGCAUGAACAUUUGGGUGGUCAUGUGGCCGGCAUUGUGACGCUACACACCUUCCGCACCGCCAAGGAAGCCAUAUCAUUGGUGGGCAAAGAGACUUUGAGCUUUUCCAAUGUAUCCAUUUGGCAUGAAAAUCAUGCCUAUGCUUAUGAAGUGGUGGCUGGUUUGAAAUCCAAUAAUUUUUACAUCAAUUGCUUUAACAUGCCCUUGACAUUGCUGGAAGAGAGUGCCAAACAAGGUAAAUCUCAUGUUAUGAUGGAGAAGAACUAUCACUAUGAGACUAUGCCACACAAUGGCCAACAAAAGAAUAUUGUUUUCCCAAUUGGUAGCAUUUUUGCCAACUAAAAGUGCUUCGAUGACUUGUCUGAUCCGAAUGGUAAGAAAAUUUAUACAUUUGAUAUGUGUAUGAAGAUGUAUUUUCUAAUGUCACAACAACUAUUCCCACUGAAUUAAGUUAAGUGUUUAUUGAUAUUCUUUGCCUCAAUGCGUAGAGUAAUUAAC